AUGUGGUUCCUGCGCCUGCUCCAGGAGCCUGAACAGUAUCGGCAUGAAGGAUCUGGACCGAAGGCUCUGGCUGUCACUGUGCUGCUCUGGACCCAUAGAGGAGACAAGGAUGGAGCUCACAAGGGCACGCGGGCCUCACCAGCUGCCUCACUCAGAGAUGUCUUCCCACUUCACCCUUGGCACCCUCAGGUAGCAGUAUGGGGUGGAGAGAGGGUGGUCUCUCACGUGGAGAGUCAAGGACUCUCCUCAGAGGCCCCAACCAUUGGGGAAGGACAAGCCACAGGCAUCAAGGAGAUCGCUGGGGAAUUGACAGUGGCCCCCACACCUGAGCAGCCAGAGCGAGGUGUCCACUUCGUCACAACAGCCCCCACCCUGAAGCUGCUCAACCAUCAUCCACUGCUAGAAGAAUUCCUUCAAGAGGGGCUGGAGACAGGCGAGGAGGAGCUGAAACCUGCACUGCCCUUCCAGCCUGACCCACCUACACCGUUCACCCCAAGCCCCCUCCCUCGCCUGGCCAAUCAGGACAGCCGCCCCAUCUUUACCAGCCCCACUCCUGCCAUAGCUGCAGCACCCACACAGCCCCAGCCCAGGGAGGGACCUUGGAGCCUAGAGUCAGAGCUCCCUUUGCUUCGUAUCACAGCCCCUCUACCUCCAGGGCCUAGCCUUGCAGUGCCCACCCUAUACCCAGGGGAGAGACCUAGUACCACACCCCCCAGUAGAGCCUGGACUCCAACCCAGGAGGGCCCUGGAGAUAUGGGCAGGCCAUGGGCUCCAGAGGCCAUGUCCCAGACUACAGGGCGUGGGACUGAGGGCACCAUUGCCACCUCCACAGCUUCUGGAGAUGACGAGGAGACCACAACCACCAUCACCAUCAUUACCACCACCAUCACCACAGUUCAGCCGCCAGGCCCUUGUAGUUGGAAUUUUUCUGGCCCAGAGGGCUCUCUGGACUCCCCCCAAGCCCACAGCUCACCCUCUGAUGUCGGCCUGGACUGUUUCUACUACAUCUCUGUGUACCCUGGCUAUGGUGUGGAGAUCAAGGUCCAGAACAUCAGCCUCCGGGAGGGAGAGACAGUCACUGUGGAGGGCCUUGGGGUCCCUGACCCAUUGCCCCUGGCCAACCAGUCUUUCCUUCUCCGGGGCCAAGUCAUCCGCAGCACCACACACCAAGCAGCCCUGAGGUUCCAGAGCCUCCCGCCACCUGCUGGGCCUGGCACCUUCCGUUUCCACUACCAAGCCUACCUCCUGAGCUGUCACUUUCCCCGACGACCAGCCUAUGGAGAUGUGACUGUCACCAGCCUCCACCCAGGAGGCAAUGCCCACUUCCACUGUGCCACUGGCUACCAGCUUAAGGGUGCCAGGCUCCUUACUUGUCUCAAUGCCACCCAGCCCUUCUGGGAUUCUCAGGAGCCUGUCUGUAUCGCUGCCUGUGGUGGUGUGAUCCGAAAUGCCACAACUGGCCGCAUUGUCUCUCCGGGCUACCCGGGCAACUAUAGCAACAACCUCACCUGCCACUGGCUGCUUGAGGCUUCUGAGAGUCAGAGGCUGCACCUGCACUUUGAGAAGGUUGCUCUGGCAGAGGAUGAUGACAGGCUUAUCAUUCGCAAUGGGGACAACGUGGAGGCCCCACCUGUGUAUGAUUCCUAUGAGGUGGAAUACCUGCCCAUCGAGGGCUUGCUCAGCUCUGGCAGACACUUCUUUGUGGAACUCAGUACAGAUAGCAGCGGGGCAGCUGCCGGCAUGGCCCUGCGCUAUGAGGCCUUCCAGCAGGGCCACUGCUAUGAGCCCUUUGUCAAAUAUGGCAACUUCAGCAGCAGCGCACCCUCAUACCCUGUGGGUACCACUGUGGAGUUCAGCUGUGACCCUGGCUAUACCCUGGAGCAGGGCUCUAUCAUCAUUGAGUGCAUUGACCCCCACGACCCACAGUGGAAUGAGACAGAGCCAGCCUGCCGAGCUGUGUGCAGUGGGGAGAUCACAGACUCGGCUGGCGUAGUCCUCUCCCCGAACUGGCCAGAGCCCUAUGGCCGAGGACAGGACUGCAUCUGGGGUGUGCAUGUGGAAGAGGACAAGCGCAUCAUGCUGGACAUCCGAGUGCUGCGCAUAGGCCCUGGUGAUGUACUUACCUUCUAUGAUGGGGAUGACCUGACAGCCCGGGUCCUGGGCCAGUACUCAGGGCCACGUGGACACUUCAAGCUCUUUACCUCCAUGGCUGAUGUCACCAUCCAGUUCCAGUCGGACCCUGGGACUUCAGUGCUGGGUUACCAGCAAGGAUUUGUCAUCCACUUCUUUGAGGUGCCCCGCAAUGACACAUGUCCAGAGCUGCCCGAAAUCCCCAAUGGCUGGAAGAAUCCAUCACAGCCUGAGCUGGUGCACGGCACUGUAGUCACUUACCAGUGUUACCCUGGGUACCAGGUGGUAGGAUCCAGUGUUCUCAUGUGCCAGUGGGACCUAAGCUGGAGUGAGGAUCUGCCUUCAUGCCAGAGGGUGACUUCCUGUCAUGACCCUGGGGACGUAGAGCACAGCCGACGCCUCAUAUCCAGCCCCAGGUUUCCUGUGGGAGCAACCGUGCAGUAUAUCUGUGAUCAGGGUUUUGUGCUGACGGGCAGUGCCAUCCUCACCUGCCAUGACUGCCAGGCUGGCAGCCCCAAAUGGAGUGACCGGGCUCCCAAAUGUCUUUUGGAACAGCUCAAGCCAUGCCAUGGCCUCAGUGCCCCCAAGAAUGGUGCUCGAAGUCCUGAGAAGCGGCUACACCCAGCAGGGGCCACUGUCCACUUCUCAUGUGCACCUGGCUAUGUGCUGAAAGGCCAGGCCAGCAUCAAAUGUGUACCUGGGCACCCUUCACACUGGAGUGACCCUCCACCCAUCUGUAGGGCUGCCUCUCUGGAUGGGUUCUACAACGGCCGUAGCCUGGAUGUCGCCAAGGCACCUGCUACCUCCAGUACCCUGGAUGCUGCCCACAUUGCAGCUGCCAUCUUCCUGCCACUAGUAGCAAUGGUGCUGUUAGUGGGAGGUGUGUACCUCUACUUCUCCAGGCUCCAAGGAAAAAGCCCUCUGCAGCUGCCCCAAACACGUCCUCGUCCAUACAACCGCAUCACCGUGGAGUCAGCAUUUGACAAUCCAACUUAUGAGACUGGAGAGAUGAGAGAAUAUGAAGUCUCCAUCUAGGUGGGGGUAGCCUGGGGAAGCUCACUCAGGCCAGCCUCAUGGUCCAGCAGCAGGGCUUCUGGCUUUCUGCUGUCCCUUCAUCUCUUUUACAUACCACCUGGGAAGAGAUGCCACCAAUCCCUCAUGAAGUUGUGCCCAUCCCUGCCUGCAGUGCCCAUCAUGGCCUAUUUUCUUGGUACCACUGCCCACUUAGGGCCCAUCCUUGGGCCCUAGUCAGGGGGUACCUGACUGAGUAGAACACAGCUGGAGCACGUCAUCAACAGCCAGUAUCCUCCUGACCCUCCUGCCUGGAAGUCAUAGACAGAGCAGAAGCACUUUUCUCCAUAUGGCCACUAUCCACCCCUGGCAUGCAGGACUCUCCAGCCAGGUGGGUGGUGGCAGAAACUGCACCAGGGUGCUCCUCACAGGGCCAUCACAAGUGGCCAAAACUGCUCUCAGUGGUGACCUCUGGGCAGUCCUGGCAUGCCAACAUCAGCCCCUAGGGUUCUCUAAAGCUCCAGAAAUGGACAUUUCUGCAUCCUGCUCCAUCCUGGUGGAGGCAGUAAUUCUAAGAGACCCUAAAGGGGCUCAGAGACUCUACCGCAAACUCAGAUUGGGCUUCACUGGGUACACAUGCUCCACACCAAAGCAGGAUGCCCCACUGCUCCCUGGCAGCCCUAAACCCUGGAGGGAGCCCUUCCCCUGAUGUGUAUCUGGCUCUUACAAACACUCCCUUUCCCUCUAGUCCCUCCUCCUGCCACUAUGUUAUGCAUAAGGGGAAUAGGUAGGUAUAUUCUGGAGAGGAACAGAGGUCCAAAGACCCAGGAAUUUGGCAUGGAACAAUGAAGAGAGCCCCAGGGCUGGCUGAAGGCCACUUUGUACCUAUAAUGUACUAUAUGGGGUCUGGGCUCCAGCCAGAGAAUGAUCUUUUAUUUCUGUUGUUUCCUUAUUAAAAUGGUGUUUUUGAAAAAAAAAAUCAAGCAA